GAUUCUUGUUGCUACACAAACACAACAUCGAAAUUUAUCAGCUUUAAAAAAAAUUGUAAAAGAAAAGCCCGAAAAUGAAUCAAAUGGAGCAUAACUACAAGAUCAAGGACUAUAAAAGAUUGCAGGAGCCUCCGCCGUAUGUGAGGACGAACUACUCUCUCAAUCGAAGCCAAAUGUACCCGAAUUCUGAAGAGACGCGUCGAAUGGAGGAACGCUUUCGCUACAUUCACUGGCCGAAGGAACACACAAUGAACAACCUCCCAGAUCAUGGAGAUCGCAUGAGAUUCACUAGAAAUCAGCAGAUCAGUGUCUUACACAACCAGCAUGAGAAUAUUGUAGAUGUUGAAGGCCACAGACAACUUCAUCUGGAUCAUAUACAACACACGGGCAAGGUUGCUAGGGAUGAGUUUGAUCGAAGCGUGAGACUUGGACGACCUGGAGUCAGGGAUAAAAUGCGAGGCCCACCUCCUUUAUUCAAAAUCAUCAAUAAUGGUACUCUAAGAGGAUGAAAACAAGAAAAUAACUUCAUAGUUUCAUUGUAAUCUUGCUAUAAAGAUUAGAUUUAGCUAUAGGUCUCCGAAUAUUAUGGACAAAAGGCAUUGCCAUGUAAACAAACGAUGCAUAUCACUCGAGUAGAUUAUACCAGGGAAUAUAUUAAGAUAUUUGACUUGGUAAAUGCUUGAAAAAAUUUAUAAGGAAAACGAAUUUCUUAUUACAUAUUUUAUAUUCCAGUGCUAUAACUGCAAUGGUCUUCCUAGUUCGUUAAAUAUUUUUCUAUUUCUGGAUUUUGGUGCAUUUGGUAUUAUUUAACAAUAUCAGAAAUCUAAAAUCUAAAAUCUAAAAUGAUACUGAACUUUUCAUCUUUUACAAUUUUACAUACUAGUAAUAAUAAUGUUGACUUUUCAGUAACGAGCUGGUUUCGAUAUUCAACCUCCAAAUUCUCUUUUUGCAUAUUAUUGUAAAAAUAUCUUAUUUAUCAGGACCUUCUUGAAAAUCACAUUUAUAAGUGAAGAAGCUUCCUGUUAAAAUAUGAAUGUAAAUAAAUAAAAUAAAAUACUUCUAGAACGUUUCAUUGAAUAAAGACCUAGAAGGUA